GCAAGAUGGCGGACAGCGGGAAGGGGCGGCCGGCAGCGGGCGGGGGGAAGGCGCCCACCGCGGAGCAGGUCGUGGCUCGGUUCAACCGGCUGCGGCAGGAGCAGCGCGGCCUCGCCUCGAAGGCGGCGGAGCUGGAGCUGGAGCUCAACGAGCACAGCCUCGUCAUUGAGACCCUGCGGGAAGUGGACCCCACACGGAAGUGUUACCGGAUGGUGGGGGGCAUCCUGGUGGAGCGCACGGUCAAGGAGGUGCUGCCCGCACUGGAGAGCAACAAGGAGCAGAUCAGCAAAAUCAUCGCGACGCUGAACCAGCAGCUGCAGGCCAAGGGCCGGGAGCUGAACGAGUUCCGGGAGCAGCACCAGAUCCGCCUGGUGGGCGAGGACGAGCCCCGGCAGCCCCCCGGGGACGGUGCCGGGGGGACCGCAGCCAAAGGGGGCUCUGCCGGGGUCCUGGUCUCGUAGCACCCGGUCCC